UAUCAACAACCCGACGGUCGACAUGGCAUCUAAGAAUAGUCCGUUUGAGACCAAGUUUUCCUUCAACCUCCUCCCAACCAAGACAUUUUCCUUCCUUCAGGACAAAAGCACGCUACAACUCCUCAUGAAAUGGUCCAUGCUCGGGCGUAUCUCAGCCCAGGCCUUCAGCUUUGACCAGACCUUCUACCCAUACAACAGCCACGACUUUACACUGAGUUUCUUCAGAGACCCCUGUGUGCUGACCAACCUCAGGAAGAUGGAGGCUGGAGCCUGGGUUACUCUGGAGGGUGAGGUGGUGUGUGUACAGGCAGAGGUAGUGCCGUGCAGUAAGGUCAGUAUGGAGAUGUUUGACCCUCUCUACUCCAGUGGAAUCAUCACACCCUCUGGACACAUCACCAAAUGUUUCCAUGACACAUACCCUGACUACGACCUACUGAGACAGAUGCUGCAGGAGGAUGGCAGUGAGGAGUAUGGAGUGAUGGAGAGGAGAGAGUUCCUAUUCCUUCUGUUUAAACACGUGACUCUGGGAGGAGAGCUGUGUCAGUAUGAAGACAUCAUCAACCCCUACAUAGACACCACUAGAACCAUUUAUAGGGACCUGGUCAGUGUUCAGAAGAAUCCAGAGAGCAAGGAGAUCAGUGUGGUUUCCACGGUCAUCAAAGUCUUCGCUCUGGAUGCUUCUGGGGCGUGUUACCCAGCCAGAGAAAAAGAGGAGCAGUCAUUCUCCUACCUCAUAGUGGACCCCUUCAGAAGACAUGUCUAUGUGUUGUACCACUGUUAUGGAGUAGGCUCCUUCACGCUGUAACACACACACACACCAAUCCAAUGUUUCGGACAAUCUGGUGGGGGGAGUGAAUGAGUUCCUACUUCAGGGAGAAUGAGGAGAAGCUGAGUUGGUCUAUUGCCUCAGUAAAUGUCCUGCUAGGAUGGACUGUUCCGUCUACAACUACUGUAGGACUGAUCCGUCUACAACUACUGUAGGACUGUUCCUUCUACAACUACUGUAGGACUGUUCCUUCUACAACUACUGUAGGACUGUUCCUUCUACAGCUACUGUAGGACUGUUCCUUCUACAACUACUGUAGAGCUGUUCCUUCUACAACUACUGUAGGACUGUUCCUUCUACAACUACUGUAGGACUGUUCCUUCUACAACUACUGUAGGACUGUUCCUUCUUCAACUACUGUAGGACUGUUCCUUCUACAACUACUGUAGGACUGUUCCUUCUACAACUACUGUAGGACUGUUCCGUCUACAACUACUGUAGGACUGUUCCGUCUACAACUACUGUAGGACUGUUCCGUCUACAACUACUGUAGGACUGUUCCGUCUACAACUACUGUAGGACUGUUCCUUCUACAACUACUGUAGGGCUGUUCCUUCUACAACUACUGUAGGACUGUUCCUUCUACAACUACUGUAGGACUGUUCCUUCUACAACUACUGUCAGACUGUUCCGUCUACAACUACUGUAGGACUGUUCCUUCUACAACUACUGUAGGACUGUUCCUUCUACAACUACUGUAGGGCUGUUCCUUCUACAACUACUGUAGGGCUGUUCCUUCUACAACUACUGUAGGGCUGUUCCUUCUACAACUACUGUAGGGCUGUUCCUUCUACAACUACUGUAGGACUGUUCCUUCUUCAACUACUGUAGGGCUGUUCCUUCUACAACUACUGUAGGGCUGUUCCUUCUACAACUACUGUAGGGCUGUUCCUUCUUCAACUACUGUAGGGCUGUUCCUUCUACAACUACUGUAGGACUGUUCCUUCUACAACUACUGUAGGACUGUUCCGUCUUCAACUACUGUAGGACUGUUCCGUCUACAACUACUGUAGGACUGUUCCUUCUUCAACUACUGUAGGACUGUUCCUUCUACAACUACUGUAGGACUGUUCCGUCUACAACUACUGUAGGACUGUUCCGUCUUCAACUACUGUAGGACUGUUCCUUCUUCAACUACUGUAGGACUGUUCCGUCUACAACUACUGUAGGACUGUUCCUUCUACAACUACUGUAGGACUGUUCCUUCUUCAACUACUGUAGGACUGUUCCGUCUACAACUACUGCCGGACUGUUCCUUCUACAACUACUGUAGGACUGUUCCUUCUACAACUACUGUAGGACUGUUCCUUCUACAACUACUGUAGGACUGUUCCGUCUACAACUACUGUAGGACUGUUCCGUCUACAACUACUGCCGGACUGUUCCUUCUACAACUACUGUAGGACUGUUCCUUCUUCAACUACUGUAGGACUGUUCCUUCUUCAACUACUGUAGGACUGUUCCUUCUACAACUACUGCCGGACUGUUCCUUCUUCAACUACUGUAGGACUGUUCCUUCUUCAACUACUGUAGGACUGUUCCUUCUUCAACUACUGUAGGACUGUUCCUUCUACAACUACUGCCGGACUGUUCCUUCUUCAACUACUGUAGGACUGUUCCUUCUACAACUACUGUAGGACUGUUCCUUCUACAACUACUGUAGGACUGUUCCUUCUACAACUACUGCAGGACUGUUCCUUCUACAACUACUGUAGGGCUGUUCCGUCUACAACUACUGUAGGACUGUUCCGUCUACAACUACUGUAGGACUGUUCCUUCUACAACUACUGUAGGACUGUUCCUUCUACAACUACUGUAGGGCUGUUCCUUCUACAACUACUGUAGGGCUGUUCCGUCUACAACUACUGUAGGACUGUUCCGUCUACAACUACUGUAGGACUGUUCCUUCUACAACUACUGUAGGACUGUUCCUUCUACAACUACUGUAGGACUGUUCCUUCUACAACUACUGUAGGACUGUUCCUUCUACAACUACUGUAGGACUGUUCCUUCUACAACUACUGUAGGACUGUUCCUUCUACAACUACUGUAGGACUGUUCCUUCUACAACUACUGCAGGACUGUUCCUUCUACAACUACUGUAGGACUGUUCCUUCUACAACUACUGUAGGACUGUUCCUUCUACAACUACUGUAGGGCUGUUCCGUCUACAACUACUGUAGGGCUGUUCCGUCUACAACUACUGUAGGACUGUUCCGUCUACAACUACUGUAGGACUGUUCCUUCUACAACUACUGUAGGACUGUUCCUUCUACAACUACUGUAGGACUGUUCCUUCUACAACUACUGUAGGACUGUUCCUUCUACAACUA